UUAUGACUAUCUCUCAUUGAGGAUCUCAGUCAUGGUCACUGCAGGUGGAUACGGUUUCCCCCCGGAGAAUAUUCACCGUCACACCACAUCGUGCAGCCGGAUAUGUGUCCGGGCUGAGAGACGGGUUGUCUGAAGGUUCCCCCUCGGGAGAGGCUGGAAUGUCCGUUUGGUGUCACCAUGAGAACCAACCGGGUUUAUAAACUGUGGAUCCACAAGAAGGGUUUCGGGGGCAGCGACUAUGAACUGAUGGUGAACCCCAAAGUCUUCCCUCAGGUGAAGCUGGGCGAUAUUGUGGAGAUUGCAUAUAUCAAUGAUGAGUACAGCCCGCUGCUUCUUCAAGUGAAAUCUUUGAAAGAAGACUUGCAGAAAGAAACUAUUAGCGUGGACCAGACUGUGGCCCAGGUAUUUAAACUUCGGGCUUACCAGGAUGUCUAUGUUAACAUUGUGGAUCCCAAGGAUGUGGCUCUUGAUCUGGUGGAGCUUACAUUCAAGGACCAGUACAUUGGACGCAGUGAUAUGUGGCGGUUGAAGAAAACCUUGGUUAACACCUGUGCCUAUGUCACUCAGAAGGUGGAAUUUGCUGGAAUAAGAGCACAAGCAAGUGAACUAUGGGUCAAAGGUGAAAAGGUUACCUGUGGCUACAUAAGUGAAGAUACAAGGGUGGUAUUCCGAUCGACCUCUGCCAUGGUCUAUAUUUUCAUCCAGAUGAGCUGUGAGAUGUGGGACUUUGACAUCUAUGGUGAUUUGUACUUCGAGAAGGCUGUAAAUGGUUUCCUUGCUGACCUCUUCGCCAAAUGGAAGGAUAAAAAUUGCAGCCAUGAAGUGACAGUGGUUUUAUUUUCCAGAACUUUCUAUGAUGGCAAGUCGAUGGACGAGUUCCCCGAGAGUCACCGAUCCUCCAUUCAGCUGGAUCAUGAGGGCAGAUUCUAUGAAGACUUUUAUAAAGUGGUUGCCCAGAAUGAAAGGCGGGAGGAGUGGACGUCGCUGCUUACAACAAUUAAAAAGCUAUUCAUUCAAUAUCCUGUGCUGGUGCGUUUGCAGGAAGCAGAUGGUUUUCCACGUGGACAGAAUUCUACGGCAGCUCAAGGAAACUAUUUGGAGGCCAUCAAUCUCUCCUUCAAUGUGUUUGACAAGCAUUACAUAAACAGAAACUUCGACCGCACUGGCCAGAUGUCUGUCGUUAUCACGCCUGGAGUGGGAGUGUUUGAAGUUGAUCGGUUGCUGAUGAUUCUCACCAAACAACGGAUGAUCGACAACGGUAUUGGUGUUGACCUGGUGUGUAUGGGUGAACAGCCUCUUCAUGCCGUGCCGUUGUUUAAGUUGCACAAUCGAGGGGUCCCUGGAGAUUCUCGUCUAGGUGAUGACUACAAUAUUCCCCACUGGAUAAACCACAGCUUCUACACUUCCAAGAGUCAGCUUUAUUAUAAUAGUUUCACUCCUCGCAUUAAACUUGCGGCCAGGAAGGCUCCAGCGGAGAAAGGCAAAAGUAAUAAGGAUAACACAAUAGGUGCAAGCAGCCCAAAGGAAUCUGAGAACAGCCUUCCGAUCCAAGUUGAUUACGAUGCGUACGAUGCUCAGGUGUUCCGGUUACCUGGACCAUCUCGAGUCCAGCGGCCCACCUCUUUCAGUCUGUACCUUUUCUUCACAGGUCCCUCUGGAGAAGCGAUUCAAAUCCACCACCAGACCAGGCAGCAUAUGGCUGAGCUUCAGGGAAGCAACAUGCGAGAUCCCACCCACUCCUCCGCAGAGCUGCUGGAGCUGGCCUACCACGAAGCAACUGGCAGACGGAGUGCUGCCAGGCAGGCAGCUGAUAACGUAUCAUUCCUGGGCUGUACAGGAACCGAGGAGUUUGCCACCAGUCCUGCCAGCAACCACAGUGCAGGCACCCCACUGAACCAGGCGUCGUCCUGUGAAGAUCCUUCCGUCAGCCGUGAUCCAAUUCUGAUGCUGUCUGCUCCUCCUGUAGUGCCCAGUUUCUGUUGCACAGUGGGUGUUGACUGGAAGUCGCUCACCACACCUGCCUGCUUGCCACUCACCACAGACUACUUCCCAGACCGGCAGAGCCUUCAGAAUGACUACACAGAGGGCUGCUACGAUCUCCUCCCUGAAACUGAAGUCGACAGGAGAGAGGAGGAUGGACCUGUCAUGACAGCCCAGCAGGUAUUUGAGGAGUUUAUUUGCCAGCGCCUCAUGCAGGGCUAUCAGAUCAUCGUCCAGAGCAAGAACAAGCUAUCGAGUACUGCAGCCUCUGCACCGCUCAGCAGUAGCCCCCUCUACACACGAGGCCUGGUAUCCAGGAACAAGUUGGAGGAGGAGGAGACUGCCUAUUGGCUGAGCAUGGGCCGCACCUUUCAUAAAGUCUGCUUAAAGGACAAGAUCAUAACUGUCACCCGCUACCUCCCAAAGUACCCAUACGAGUCGGCUCAGAUCCAGUAUACCUACAGCCUGUGCCCACCACAUUCCAAUACUGAGUUUGUGUCGUGCUGGGUGGAGUUCUCACACGAGCGGCUGGAAGAGUACAAGUGGAAUUACCUGGAUCAGUACAUCUGCUCAUCGGGCUCCGAGGAUUUCAGUCUGAUAGAAUCCCUGAAGUUCUGGAGAACAAGGUUCCUGCUGCUGCCGGCCUGUGUAACAGCUACCAAGCGGAUCGUGGAGGGAGAGAGCCGCUGUGAUGUUUACGGAGAGAAGCUCCGCUCCGACCAGGAGGAGUGGCAGCUCCUGGAUGGCUUCAUUCGCUUCGUGGAAGGUUUGAACCGAAUCCGGAGACGCCAUCGCUCAGACCGAAUCAUCCGGAAGGGGGCUCCCAUUAAAGGACUGCAGGUGACCGGGCCCCUUUCGAACUAUCCCACUGAACCAGCAGGUCCGCCUCUCGGGAAGAAGGGAACAUCAGCUCUGUCGGCCUUGUUGGAGAUGGAAGCUAACCAGAGGAGCUUUGAGGAGCAGCAGGCAGCAGUCCAUUCAGGGAAGGUUGCUGGCCCAGCCUCUGACAGCACCCUGCACUCUGGAGCAAACGUCGCCGUCACUCCCAGCUAUGUUGACAGCCCAAGGAAGAGCGAGGAAGGAGUGUCCAAGUGGAAUUUUACAUUUUGGUCUGGAGAAAGGAAUAGUGACAAAAUCUCAUGUCUAGGAGACCUUGCUGACUAUGCAGAAGGUGGCGACACUGCGGCCGAGCCCCCUUGCAUUGUGAAGGAGGAGCAGCCAUUGGAUGGUCACACCAGGAGUAGAGAGCAGAUAGCAGUGCGAACAGUAACACACCAGCAUCCACAGGGCUGUUGUUUGGGAGUCUCCAGUGACCAGCUGUGGCUAGCCAAGACAGGUUCGGCUGCCAUAUUGGGCCCAACUGCUUCAACGCAGUACGGGUCAGCAGAUCAAACCAGCACCCAAUGGUGGGCAGACGUGGCCCUCUGCCCCUGCUCAUCAAUGGCUACGGAUCUUGCCUAUCCCUAUCCAACCAUGGGCUCACUCCAGCCAGCCUCCCCCACCAGGCCUUUUGAGUGCCAGAUCCCAGGCAGCAGGUUUGAGAAGGUGAUACUUUGCUGCCCGAGUGAAGACCGUCUCCAUCAAGGUGCAUGCAGCGGAUCCCAGACGCAGCAAGUCUCUCUGCCAACAACGUUGGACCAACCGACCAACGCCAGUCCCUUCAGUGACUCCUGCCUCACGAACGAGUGGCCAUCAGCCAUUGGAGCGCAGCCAAAGGAGGGAACAGUGUCUACUGGGCAGCUGCCGAGAUGCCUGCUGGUGUGCCCGGUUGUCAUGGGGUAUAGUGUGCUUGAUGCCAGCCAGAUCCACCCAGAGGGCGCUGUCUGCGACCAUAAUUGGCUAAAGGCAUCACUGACCAACCCAACAUGUUGCCGAGCCCUUCCAACCCAGACCGUGCCAAGCCUCCCCUCCAGUCCGCACGGGGCCUCCCCUCCAGUCCGCACGGGGCCUCCCCUCCAGUCCGCACGGGGCUCCCCACCAGUCCGCACGGGGCCUCCCCUCCAGUCCGCACGGGGCCUCCCCUCCAGUCCGCACGGGGCUCCCCACCAGUCCGCACGGGGCCUCCCCUCCAGUCCGCACAGGGCGUCCCCUCCAGUCCGCACCAGGCCUUGCCUUCAAAGUGAGCUGGGGUUCACCUCGAAGCUCUUGAGGCCGGGAAUCCACUCUGGAUUCACCUCGAAACCUACAGAUUGGGCCUAA